AAAUUGACAGUUUUACGCGUGCCGUCUGUAUAGCGGGUCGCGUUCGAGGAGUAAGAUCCGAUAUUUUUAGUACAUUAUUAUCUUUUGCAUCAAAAUGGCGUUCAACGGCAAUAAAAGGCAGAGGACGGACACUGACUCGGUCAACAACAAGAAUUUCAACACAUCGAUGGACGAGCCACGCAGGAAACGACCAGAUGACAACAAGCCAAAUCAUAUCCUGCUGUUUACCGUGAUCAACCCAAUGUAUCCGAUUACAGUGGACGUAAUCCACACCAUAUCACAAAGUAGCGGCCAAGUGCUCAGAAUCGUUAUUUUCAAGAAAAACGGAGUCCAAGCGAUGGUCGAGUUCGACAGCAUAGAGUCGGCAACAAGGGCGAAAGAAACCCUGAACGGGGCGGAUAUUUACUCGGGCUGUUGCACGUUGAAGAUCGACUAUGCCAAGCCUGAAAAAUUGAACGUCCACAAGAAUGACUCGGAGAGUUGGGACUACACGCUGUCUCCAAUUAAAGAGAACGCCAACGGUCGACCGCAACCCUUAUUGCAAGAACCGCCCCACUACGGGUCCAGACCUCAACCAUAUCAGCCGUAUCCGACCGAUCGUUUCGAAGAUUUGGGCUACGGUUCUGCUGAACCACAUUUCGGAUCGGCAGCGAGCGACGCUUUUCGGAAGGGCGGUGCUCCGCCGCCCAGUUCCGACUUCAGAACGGCUAGCGAGCCGCCCAGAGGUCCGUUCCAACAGCCUGGCGCGGUUCUCAUGCUUUACGGUCUUGAUCCGCUGCGUACCAAUGCCGACAAAGUCUUCAAUCUGAUGUGUCUCUAUGGGAAUGUCGUAAGGAUCAAAUUUCUGAAAUCCAAAGAAGGCACCGCCAUGGUCCAAAUGGGCGACAGCGUCGCCGUCGAACGGUGCGUGCAAAACUUGAACAACAUCGUGGUCGGUCUCACCGGGGCGGCCCCCUUGAUCAAUCAUUCCCAUUCGAAUCAGAUGGAUUCCGACGCCAACGAAGAUAAGCCAAAAGAACACAAACUUCAGUUGGCGUUCAGCAAACAACCUUAUCUGAGCGAGGUGACCAACCCCUAUCCAUUACCGGACAAGUCGCCCUCCUACAAGGAAUACCUGAACAACAAAAACAACCGAUUCAUGAACCCCUCGAUGGCCAGCAAGAAUCGCAUACAAGCGCCCAGCAAGAUACUGCACUUCUUCAACACGCCGCCGCAGGUGACCGAGGAGGAACUCAUCCAGGUAUUCAAAGACUACGACGUCGUCCAUCCGAAGAAUGUCAAAUUAUUCCCGAUGAAGUCCGAGCGCAGCAGUUCGGGUUUGCUGGAGUUCGACACCAUUGCCGAAGCGGUGGCGGCCGUAAUGGCCUGCAACCACGCCGCCAUCGAGAGUCCAGGCACCAAGUUCCCGUUCAUAAUGAAGCUGUGUUUCUCGUCGACCCGGAGCAUGACGAUCAAGAACGGCGACAGUUCCGCGACAUCCAACAACGAUCCCACGCAGCAGACGACCAAGGACGAGCGCUAAGGGUGCGCGUGCGCAUCCCCGCCAUCCCCAUUUUCAAGUUCAACGUUAGAUCAGCAGUUACGUUAAAUUAACGAGCACAUAUCCUUUUUCCGUGUAUCGCGGCCGUCGAGAAACCGUUGUCGUUUCGCAUAUCACUUCGUUUGUUAUCAGAAUUUUAUUGUUCGUUUUUCGACGGCCCCCUUUUGUUGUUUGUUAUUAUUAUGCGUUUCCCUCGGUAUGCUAUAGUUCUUAGCGCGUACUUAAAAUUACGUUCAACAUUAGAUAAAAUGUCUGUCUCUCUCUACCUUUUAGCGUCUAAAUUUUCGAUUCGGCUGACCAAUGGAAUUCGCCGUUACCGGAGUCCAGUAAAUAGUUUAAUGGCCGCGUCGAAUUUUGGAAAGGGAUUCGAAAAGCAGUCCGGUUUGCCACUGCCGAUUAGCACGGAUGCAUCCUAAAGACGUCUUUUUUUUACUAUCUAGGAGUGUUAUUUAAUAAAUGUUUGAUAUUUUGCAGGGUGAUUUCUCAAGUGUUUUUAACGUUAACGUAACCAUAUUCCGAAAACGGUUCCAUCUACCAUUUUUUCACGUAAAAAUAAUGGAAUUUUUUUUUCUAAGAGGAACGUACAAAAUGUCAUGAAAAUGAUGUAGGUACCAAUUUUUGUUUAGAAAUCGGCACUAUUUCAAAAAUUAUGCAGGACGAAAGAAAAAUAAAAAUAAAACCUUUAAACCACAAGUUUACAGUAAUUUCCACCUUAAAAAUAUUGGAGAAAUCGUACUUUAAAAUAGCAGAGCUUUAUUUAAUAACAUCUGUCACUUUCAACAUAGGAAAAAAAAUGCAGGUUCAAUUUAGGACAGAUUUGCUAAUAGAUCAGCUUGAUAAUAUCGCCCAAAAAAAAUUGAGUUUAUUUUAAAACUAACAAGAAUUCCCAUUGUACACGAUCUCAUCAAAGCCAUCAGAAAGUCUAAUUUCUUCCUUAUUUACUUAUACUAAAUUUUUAAUUUUUGCACUUUUCAUGACCUUUUUAAUGUCGCCAAUUAUCCUUGUUCCAAUAAUAUCUGACAUCUAUUAUGCAACGUAUAGCGAAUGAAUUGAAAAAUGAAAAACCAAAAUCACUUAUGUAUUAUUAAAACAUUAAUAUAUACUGGGCACUCUCAAGAUUGAAAUAAGAGAUACAGGGUAGUUUGAAUUAAAUUAAGAUUGUCGGAUAGAUGAGCCUGUUAAAAUUCACUAAAUAAUUCAUUCUUAUCUGUGGUGCCGGAAAUGUCAAAGAAAGAAGAAUCAAAAAAGAAUUUUCAUUGGAACUUUGUGAGCUUUAUCUCAUCAAAAUCCGUUUCUCUUAACCAUCGUCGAAAAUUUUCGUUGCAACCGACAAAUUUAAUUUUUGCACUUUUCAUUAUAUUUAUUAUUUAUACCAUAGUGGGUUCAUACCUUUAAAUCCGUUAUGUUUUUUUACCAAUUUUGUGAGAUUCCUCUCACAUAACAUUCCUAUAACCGUUUUUCGCAAUGAAUGCUUUAUUCAAUAGUGAAAUGCGCUUAAUAUUUGACCAAUUUAGAAGGUAAACUGUGGAUAAAUUUUAAUAUUUUUACUUUUUGCAAUUUCCUGCUAUAAUUUAAAAGCUAAUAAAAGAGACUAUCGAAAUAACAUUGUAAAAAUGAGAGUUUAAGAAAAAAUUAACUAUAGUUGAACCUCAAAAAGCUCCAAUAAGAAUUUGUAGCCUGUAUCUCUUACGUUCUCCCAGACCCAGAAAUUUCAAUCAUUGUGGCGAUACGUCUGUCCUAAUGAAUUUUUCUUCCUUCCACAGUUAAAGUGUAUCUAACUAAAGAAAAUUUUUACAAUUUUUCCUUUUCUGUUUCGUAAACAUCCUCAUAAAAUCGGCCGUUCAGGGGCUAUUACAAAUAGUGUGCGUGUGAUGUUUAUGGAUCUGUCCGUAUAGAAAAAGACGUCUAGCAAAACGUCGGUUUGUUAUGUUUAAAUGUCCCGAGUUGAAAAUGAUGUCUUUAAUAUUUUCUGCGCUACUUGGGCAUCAAGGGUGCGCGUGACUUAAUUCGCUAAGGCCGAUAUGCGCGAGGGGACCUUUUACGAGUUGAUUAUAAAUUAUAGUAUUAAGGUAUAGCCCGACACAGAACAUUUGUUUGUAGCCGCGCGGAGAUAUUCUUCACACUGAUUUUGCAACGACUUAUUAGUACUAGUGUUACGGAUUUUUAUUAUAGCCUAUAUAAUGUAGAACGGCGACGCAAAAUUAUUGUUAGCCCACCGCGUAGAGACCGAGUUCGAAGUUGAUCUUAUUUUUCCGUUGUUGUUGGUAAUACUUUAUGGCGGCUAGGUUUUUAUUUCGACGUUUGUGGAACAACCGAAGUCAAUAUUUAUAAAAUAUCAACCGCGUCGCGGGAUUGGCGACGUAACGCGUAACAACUAUAUAUCACUCUUACGAAACUUUAAGCAAUUGAAUUUAUUGACGUAUCGCUGACAUAUUUUUACGGACAUAUCAAGAGAAUAUUUUUAGGGAUUUUUCUUAAGCUUUGUAAUUACUUUGUUGACAAUUGCGAAGGGGGGGUAGAUUAGGCGCCGCGGCGGCUUUGUUUGUGAUCGGAACACACGUCAAACGCCGAGAGGCGUGUUCCAGUGUUCCACGAAAACUGAAAAAUACAAAAACGGUGGUUGGCGUUCAAAUCACGGAAACAAAAUUUUAUUAAAAUUUUUCCGGUACUAACUUGUCGAAGUAUUUUUAAAACUAACGAUUUUUAGUCCGUGGGUUUCAGAAUAAUUAAGUAUUUGCUGCGAACGGAAAUAAGUGUUCAAAUGAAUAAGGAAUGACGAAAAUUCCAUAUGUGUAUGUUACCCUGAAGAUUCGGUGAAUAUCAGUAGAUGUGUUACGAUAGCUUAAGUUGAAGGUUUUUUGUAU